AUGAGUAGCCACGGAGACUUCGCGUCCGCGGGUGUGCAGGCGCUAGAUCCGCCAGGGACUGUCACUCUAGUCACCACUCAUAAUGGAGGAGGAAGCGAAAUCAUUCUGAUUCCAACUCCGUCAAAUGACCCCAACGACCCAUUGAACUGGCCAAGAUGGCGCAAAUUCCUCAAUCAUGGUCUUCUCACGGUCAUGACACUAGCCGUGUUCACAGCUCUCUCCAUUCAACAAGUGUUCUGGUUCCCCAUGACAGAGGACCUCAACGUCACCUACCAACACCUGGCUAAUGGUCAAGCCAUCCAGCUUGUCGGCCUAGCAUGCAGUUGUAUCUUUGUCAUUCCCUUCACUAAAAAGUACGGGCGACGCUCAACGGUGGAAGUGUAUUUGACCAAUUUGCUCUUCGGACUUGCAGGUGCUACUAACGAAGUAGCCGUGGAAAUGACAAUCAAAGACAUAUUCUUCGUCCAUCAAAGAGCCAGGGCAAAUGGAGUCUACUUCGGUGCCGUCAUGGCCGGGAGCUUUCUCACCCCAAUGGUAGCUGGUGUCCAAGCCGAGGCGCAAGGUUGGCGAAUGUCAUACACGACCCUCGCCGGAUUCAUGACUGUCAUUUCAGUUAUCUUCGUCUUCGCCUUUGAAGAAACGAAAUAUGUGCCACCCGCACAAGCUUCGUCAGACGUCGACCGCGACAUUCUCGAGCACGAAGUCGACCCUGAUAACAAAGACCAAAUUGACCUGGAACUUGCCGCAUCCGCUUCCAACAUACCACCACCCCCUUCAAUGUCCAAAUGGCAGACAUACAGGCACAGCAUGCGCUUCUCAACCCCCACAGACGAAUCUCUAACCAAACUCUUCAUGUAUCCAGUCUAUACCUCGUGGAUCCCGCACGUCGUGUUCGGCUGGCUCCAACUUGCCUCGGGGCUCACCUGGCUAGUUGCCAUGAGCUCCAUAAUGACAAUUGCACUUUCCGCUCCGCCAUACAACUUCAACCCAGCUCAAGUUGGGUUCAUGUACACAGGGCCAACAAUAGGGGCCGUCUUUGGCUUCUUGUAUGGUGGUAUAUUUGUCGAUUGGGCAACCGUCAGGCUUGCUAGGAGGAAUGGCGGAAUCUUUGAGCCAGAGAUGAGACUUUACCCCAUGGUCGUUCCAGCUCUUAUUGGGGCAGGCGGCUUGAUUCUCUUUGGCGUCACUAUUGAUAGGGGCAUGCAUUACGUCUAUCCUAGCAUUGGUGGCGCAAUGUUCUCUUUUGGUGUCGGAUCAGUUUGUGAUAUUUCACUUACAAUGGUGCUGGAUGCUCUUCCGCAUCUUGUGGGCCAAACGUUUGUGGCAAUUACAUUCUUCAGAAACGCGUUGAGCAUUGUUGGUUCAUUCACCAUCACGCCAUGGCUUGAUAAAAUGGGCAUCACAAACAUGUUUCUUUUAUGUGGAUUCCUUGGCUUGUUUUUCAACGGUCUCGCAAUUCCAAUGAUCUUUUGGGGAAAGAAGAUUCGAAUUGCUUUAGCACCGAGGUACUAUCGGCUUUGUAAAGAGAUAUCUGAAAAUAACCUGGGGUAG